CGGCGGCGGCGGCGGCGGCAUGGCAGGGCGGCGGGUGAACGUGAACGUGGGCGUGCUGGGCCACAUCGACAGCGGCAAGACGGCGCUGGCGCGGGCGCUGAGCACCACGGCCUCCACCGCCGCCUUCGACAAGCAGCCGCAGAGCCGCGAGCGCGGCAUCACGCUCGACUUGGGUUUCUCGUGCUUCUCGGUGCCUCUGCCCGCGCGCCUGCGGGCGGCGCUGCCCGCGCCCCCGGCGGCGCCUGGAGCCGAGCCCGAGCCCGAGCCCGGCGAGCCGCAGCUUCAGGUCACGCUGGUCGACUGCCCCGGGCACGCCUCCCUCAUCCGGACCAUCAUUGGCGGGGCCCAGAUCAUUGAUCUGAUGAUGCUGGUCAUCGAUGUGACCAAAGGGAUGCAGACCCAGUCUGCGGAGUGCCUUGUGAUUGGGCAGAUCGCCUGCCAGAAGCUGGUCGUGGUGCUGAACAAAAUAGACCUCUUAGCUGAAGGGAAGAGACAGGCAACGAUUGAUAAAAUGACAAAGAAAAUGCAGAAGACCCUAGAGAACACCAAGUUCCGAGGUGCACCGAUUAUAUCCGUGGCGGCCAAGCCUGGGGGACCAGAGGCCCCCGAAACAGAAGCUCCACAGGGCAUCUCAGAGCUCAUUGAGCUCCUGACGUCCCAGAUUCCCAUCCCGACGAGGGACCCCUCGGGACCAUUCCUCAUGUCUGUGGACCACUGUUUCUCCAUCAGAGGCCAAGGCACUGUGAUGACAGGGACCAUCCUCUCAGGCUCCAUCAGCCUCGGCGACAGUGUGGAGAUUCCUGCCCUCAAGGUGGUGAAGAAGGUGAAGUCCAUGCAGAUGUUUCACAUGCCCGUCUCGUCAGCUAUGCAGGGAGACCGACUGGGCAUCUGUGUCACCCAGUUUGACCCCAAGCUGCUGGAGCGUGGCCUGGUGUGUGCCCCUGAGUCCCUGCACACUGUCCAUGCAGCCCUCAUCUCUGUGGAGAAGAUCCCGUACUUCCGGGGGCCCCUGCAGACCAAGGCCAAGUUCCACAUCACAGUGGGCCAUGAGACGGUGAUGGGCCGCGUGAUGUUCUUCAGUCCUGCCCCUGAUAGCUUUGACCAUGAGCCUGUGCUAGACUCCUUCGACUUCUCUCGAGAAUACCUCUUCCAGGAGCAGUACCUAAGCAAGGAUUUGGCACCAGAGGUGACAGACAGUGGCGAGGCUGACAAGAAGACGGGCCAGGCCACGGGAGGCCACUGUCCUCGGCAGCAAUGGGCCCUCGUGGAGUUUGAGAAGCCUGUCACCUGUCCUCAGCUGUGCCUGGUGAUCGGCUCAAGGCUAGAUGCAGACAUUCAUGCCAACACGUGCCGGCUGGCUUUCCACGGCAUCUUGCUCCACGGGCUGGAGGACAAGGACUAUGCCGAGAGUUUCUUGCCCAGGCUGAAAGUAUAUAAGCUCAAGCACAAGCAUGGCCUCGUGGAGCGGGUGAUAGACGACCACAGCGUGAUCGGCCGCUCCCUGUUCAAAAAGGAGACCAACAUACAGCUCUUCGUGGGCCUCAAGGUGCACCUGUCCACUGGGGAGCUGGGGGUCAUCGACAGCGCCUUCGGCCAGAGCGGCAAGUUCAAGAUCCACAUCCCUGCCCCCAGCCCAUUUCCCGGAAGCGUACACUGAGGCUUGGAGGAGCUAGAUGACCUGCCCAGCAGACCCCAGAGUCCCCAGGUAGAAGUGGGCAGUUCUCAUGGCCACCGUUUCAUGGAGAGCCUUCUGGAAAGCCAGCAAAGAAAAAAAGUGAAACCUCGCCUUGGUGCCAAAGGGAGGGGCCGCAAGAAGUCCUGAGGUUGUGGGUAUUGUCAUGUUCCCAUAAAUAAGCCCUCGCACAAUAGGCUAUUAGGUUGCAUGCUCCCUCUGGGGUUUGAAAUGAAACUGGUUUUCUUUUCCUUUAAAAUGUGCUCUCCGCACCCACCCACCCAGUUGCAACUGUAGACUCUGUUUGGCGCGGAAUCUCGGGCAACCUCAGUGACCUGUCCUUGGGAUUUCAUCAGAGUUCUUAGCCGGCCGCCUCCAGAGUAGCCCCUGCCAGGACCAGAUUGACUUUUACUGAAAGACACUGGCAGGGCUGGGGUUUGUGCAUGCCUGGCAUUUCCUGCCCCCUCUAGGAGGUGGAAACAGGGUACAUUCAAAGAACAAGAGCUUUGGAGGCGGCCAGACCUGAGUUGGAAUCCUGGCUAGAGUAGUCAUCCUUCUGGGCCCCGGUGUCUUCAUCUAUAAGAAGGAUUAUUUCAAGGGUUUUCCCGACCACCCUUCUGAAUACUUUCAACCACGUGGAAAAGCUGGAAGACUGGCUUAUUGAACACGCAUAGUCCCUUGGAUUUCAGUUGUGAACGUGUUGUCACGUUAGCCUGCUGUGUGAGUGCUAGGCCAUUUGAAUGAUAGCUGUGGAACAGCAGUGACACCGGCAUACCUCAGUGCGUGCCCCCAAGAACAAAGGCCUCCUCCCGUAUAGCCACAGCAUGAUUCUCUCUCGAGAAACUGGAUGUCCGUCUAGGACACAGUCCACUUUCAGACUACCCCAGUGGUCCCGAUGCUAUCUUUCAAAACUUCUCCCUGACGGAGGAUUCACACCCUGCAUUUGGUUGUCGUGUCUCCUACGGGUUUUUGAAGAGUCCAGGUCGGGUGUCUCCCACAUACACUCUUUGGGCCAGUCUGCUCUUUCCUCAUGACUAAGUUCAGGUUGUGCAUUUUUGGAAGGAACCCCACAAAGGCCCUCUCGUGUCCUUCUUCGUGCACCACCCAGGAUGCACGUGACGUCAGUUUGCUCACCAUGCGUGAUGUAGUUGUGAUUUCUGGUGAAGGUGGUGGUUAGCAGGGUCAAGGAAGAGAUGAAGUCAUCCCGUGGCCCAGAGAUGGCUGGUGUGGAGGGGGCUCAGGGCAGCACAGCUGCUGAGCUGUGGCCCGCAUGCAAGAAAGGGCACCAGGAGGUCCCUUUGGAAGUCAAGGUUAAGGCCCUGGUCUGGUAGCAGUGAGGCAGAACUGGCUGCAGGGGACCUGAUCCAGCGGUGUCCUGCCCUUUCCCAUAGCCCUGUGGAGGCUAAGCCAGGGCCUGUGGGGAGGAGCUGCUACUUGCCAAAGUCUGCAGAGCCCUCUCUCUCUCUUUGUCUGCCUCUGUCUCUGUCUGUCUCUCUCACUCCCCUCCCUUUGCUCCAGCUGUGGCCCUCUCCUGUGACUAGCAUCAGCCUCGAACACAGAGAAUUGGUUUCUGCCCCUCCCCAGGGGGAAACAAGUAUGGCAGAGAUGACUACAGAAAGUUAAGCAUCAUGAUGGGUGGACAGGAAGGAUGAGGUGACCACUCCAGAGUGGGUGGGAGUGGGAUGGAAGGUUCCACAGACAGUGAGUCUUGAGCUGGCUUGAAAGUGCGGGGGUUUUCCCAGCUAGAGAAAGGGAGGAAAGGCAUUCAGGACAGAGGGAACAGAGUAUGCUAACACACAGAGGCUGGAAGGAGUGUGGCAUAUUUGUUGCUUCUUCUGAUGUGUGGGAUGUUGUUCUAAAUGCAUUAUAUGUUACUAACUUACUUUUUUAAUAUUUGGUUAUUUUGAGA